AAUAAUAAAAUACGCACAAACAAUUGCAAUUGCUGGCCGAGCUGAGGCUGAGGUGCUACUGCUGGCUUUGUUUUGCGGAACCAUGCCACCCUCAGCUUUGCUGAACCCGCAAGGGCAAGCGUCCAAUAUCUUCUCCUGCCUUCCUGCAACUCCUUUCUCUUUAUCCACCAUAUCCUGCAAGUUCUCAAACCCAACUUCCCUCAAAUUCCCACCAAAAAUCUAUGCCUUCUCGCCCUCUUUCCAACCCUCUCACUCCGUCCAAGACGAUGAUGUUGAAGAAGACUAUGUUAUCGGCGAUUGCGUAGUCUUCGAAGAAGGCGCAUUUGACGACCCAUUUCUCAAAGACGACGUUGAAUCCAGUAGUAGUUUCGAUGCGAGUAAAACCAAAUCCAAGAAUGGUGGUGCAGAAAUUAAGGCUGAGAAUUUGGUCCCAGAAAAGUGGAGGGAGGUCCAAGCUGAGAUUAGUAUAACGAAGAAAGAGAGGCGCAAAAUUGCUCAAGAGCUGCAAUUCCGUACGCGGUUCGAGAAGAAGAGAAAAGGGUUGACCCCUUUGCGGAAUGUGAAUUUGGAGGACUACUUGACUUACAGAGAGGCCAAAUUGGCGCAGCUGAAACCGCUUGUUUUGGAUAAUCCUUCGAGUUUUGAAAAAGGGGUUGAGGAGAAAGUGAGUGAAAGUAAUGGGUCUUCAAGUGGGCGUGUAACGCCUAAGAAUCCAAGGUGGGCGGUUUAUGGAAAGGGUCUGGAUGAUGUUACGGAGUUCUUUAAUAGUGGGAACUAUGUUCCUUUAGACAAGAAAUCAGAAGGUCCCAGAAAGUUGUUUUCGAAAGAGGAAAAAGUUCUUCUAAAUAAGCGGAUACCUGAUCUGAAAACGGCUACCUCUGGUAAAUGGCUACCUUUGCAUACUCUUGCUGCUUCAGGAGAAUUUUAUCUUGUGGAUGCUGUGUUGCGACAUAAUGCUGAUAUCAAUGCAGUGGAUAAGGAUGGUUGGACUGCUCUUCACAAAGCAAUAAUUGGCAAAAAGCAGGCCAUUACAAAUUAUCUUUUGAGGGAGUCAGCAAAUCCAUUUGUUCGUGAUAAAGAUGGGGCCACUCUGAUGCAUUAUGCUGUUCAAACAGCUUCCAGCCAAGCAAUUAAAAUUCUUCUCUUGUACAAUGUUGACAUAAAUCUUCAGGAUAAUGAUGGGUGGACUCCAUUACAUCUAGCUGUUCAAGCCCGAAGAACAGACGUAGUGAGGCUUUUACUGAUCAAAGGUGCUGAUAAAUCCUUGAAGAACAGGGAUGGCUUAACCCCUCUUGAUCUUUGCCUGUAUUCUGGUCUAAACAAAAGCACUUGUGAGCUAAUUAAGCUUUUGAAACUGCUACCAAAGCGACGGUAACAAAACCCAAUUAUUGACUUUGUAAAUGUCGAAGUAGAUGGGAUGAGAAAAAGCAUGGUUGGAUCCACCAUCAAGUUUUAUAUACCAAAGCUGGAGAAUUAUUUGUUUUUGCUCUGGCGGCCUAGUUUUGUCCCCCUGAUUCUCCUAGAAGUUGACGCGGAAAGCAAUUGCUUUCAAUUCUCUUGUAAUUAUUAAAAGAGUUAAUUCCAAUAUAUUGGAAUUAUUGAAUGUUGUUGGUGACAUGUCCCUUCCAAAUAUGUUUAUUAGAUUUUUUUUUUCUUUUUUUUCUUGGGGCUACUCAAGCCAAUUGAAAAUUUUGACUAUUUUAUAAAAUAUGAGAUGAAAUUCUAUUUUACUUUUA